UAUUACAUUCUUUUGUAUGUUCUUCAAAAUAGUCUCUUUUAGUUCAAAGGGGUAAAAGUCCAAGUUGUCUGGUGGCUGGCAUUGGCAAAACCUUCACUUGAUUCAUUCAUAUCUCUCUCUCUCCAAUCCAUAUUCCAACCUGUCUUCUUCUUCAUUCUCUUCUUCUCUCUCAGGACUUUUCACGAACACCUUACCUAAUUCAAAUCUUCAUUAUCACAAUGCAGCAGCAUCAGCAGCAGACGAGGACAGUCCAAGUAAAGAAGGUUUCAGAUCUAGCUACCGAGAGAGAAAUUCAUGAGUUCUUCUCUUUUUCUGGUGAAAUUGAACAUAUUCAGAUCUACCGUGAACAUGGGCAAUCAAAGACGGCAUUUGUUACAUUCAAAGAUCCUAAAGCCCUUGAAAUUGCAUUGUUAUUAUCGGGAGCAACAAUAGUAGACCAGAUUGUGAGUAUAACACCUGUUGAAAACUAUGUACCUAACCACGAGACACAAGAAGCAAGGAUGGUUGAAAAUGCCGUUUGUGUUGUUCCUGAACCUGGUUCGCCAAAUCUUGAGCAGGACAGAAAUAGCCCGCGUGUCAAUGGAAGGGAGUAUGUUAGUAAAGCCCAAGAUGCAGUUGCUAAUAUGCUUGCAAAGGGUUCCGCUAUCAGACAAGAUGCCGUGAACAAGGCUAAAGCAUUUGAUGAAAAGCAUCAGUUGCGAGCCAGUGCAUCUGCCAAGGUUAUUUCAUUUGACAGAAAAGUAGGGCUUACGGAAAAAUUGACAGUCGGGAUUUCUGUUGUUAACGAGAAAGUAAAAUCCGUUGAUCAAAGGCUUCAAGUAUCAGAUAAAACAAUGGCUGCAAUAUUUGCUGCAGAAAGGAAAAUUAAUAACACAGGAUCAGCUGUAAAAACUAGCAGGUACGUAACUGCUGGAGCGGCAUGGUUAAAUGGCGCAUUCAGUAAGGUAGCUAAGGCUGGUCAGGUGGCAGGUACAAAAACAAGAGAAAAGUUCCAUAUGGCUGUGACAAACUUGACGACGAAGGAUCCGAUUGCAGCAUAAGCGAAAAAUAACCUGAUGGGCUCUGUUCUCAUGAACACAAUCAUCAAAUCAACCAUGUUGGUCUGAUCAAUGAUCAACAACAAGUCACAAUCGUCAUAUUAUGUGGGGUUGCAGGUUUGGAGUAGUUUAUGUCAAAUUUGUUGUUUCUUUCUCUCUCUCUCUCUAUAUAUAUAUUUAUAUAUGCAAAUAUAUCCUUUAGGGGUCUGGUCUGGUGUGAUGUAAUUCUUUUUUUUUUUCUGUUCAUUUUUUAUAUUAAUUUUCCUCGGGUAAUUUGUGCCUGUUGGUCUCCAUUAAUUUUGCAGCUUCAAGAUUAGUUGAGUGGAAAAACAAUGUUAAAAGAAAAAAAAUAUAUAUAUUAUUGAUCGAGUGGAAAAGAAAUUGAAGUUGUUGACAUACAUUUUUUACUUAAAAGAAA